AUGAUAUCAUCAUUACCAUCGCGACCAUUAUCGAUUAUUGGAAGUAUUCAACAUACACCUGAGAUAUAUUCAUCCUUACAUAAUCAAUCAUGUUCUGCUUGUCAAUAUAGCCGUUAUGGCCAAUGUUCAAAUGUUUGUCAAUGUCCAUUGAAUACCUAUUGGAAUCAAGGUAUAUGUAUGAAUCAGUUAUUUGAAAAUCAAACAUGCACACAAGCAAAUGCAUAUCGAAUAGAUCUUAAUUUAACAUGUGCUCAAAAUUGUAACAAUGGUAUCUAUACCCAAUGUAUACCAAUAAUCAAUAAUCAACCAUGUCAAUGUUCAUCGCUUACUUAUUGGAAUGGAUCAAUAUGUGUAAAUAAAUUAAUAGAAAACCAAACAUGUUCUCAAUUAGAUGCAUGUCGAGAUGAUUUAAAUUUGACUUGUGCAACAAAUUGUUAUGGAUCAUUUACGACAUGUGUGAAAAAAAGAAUUUCAAAUGGAAGUUCAGUGUUGAUUGGUAUCACUGUUGCUAGUUAUUGUAAUUCUAGUUCAGGUAAUACUAGUGAUGCUCUUCAUAGUCCAAAUGGUAUUUUUCUUUCCGACAAUGGAACAUUGUAUAUACUUGAUAUAUUUAAUAACCGUAUGCAAAUGUUUUCUUAUGUUGGAAUCAAUCGCAUAGGUCAAACUCUUAUUCCAAAUUUGACUAUAUAUACGUCUUGGCUUUAUGCUGAUAGUAGUACCUUAUAUGUAGUAAUAUUUCAAUCAAAUUAUCUUCUAUUUUGGCCAUCCAUGAGAACAAUUCCGUUUGUAAGUCGUUCAUCAACUUGUUCUCUUACAGCGAUUAGGUCACCUAUGGGUAUUGUCGUUGAUCGUUCGGUUAAUAAUAUAUAUAUUGUUAAUCAAUAUUGUCAUUGGGUAACUGAAUGGAGUCGAAAUUCGGCAAAUGCAACACGAAUUCUAGUUGGAACUGGUAUUGCAGGCAACAAUAAUCGUAGCAAUCAUCGAAUUCAAUUAUUUAAUUUAACGAGUAAUACGUCGAAUAUUGGUAUAACAGUUGCAGGAGGCAAUGGACCAGGUGUUGCAAUGAAUCAACUUCAAUCGCCGAAUGGUGUUUGGGUGUCUCGAAUCGAUAGAACAAUCUAUGUUGCAGAUACAGGCAAUCAUCGUAUACAAAUGUGGCUUGCCAAUACUACAACAGAUAUCAAAAUAGCUGGUAAUUCUACCGGUCAAAUGGGUACUAAUGCUAGUGAACUUCGUACUCCAUGGAAUGUUGUCCUUGAUCGAAAUGAGAAUAAUCUCUAUGUUUCAGACACUGGUAAUCAUCGCAUUCAAAAAUUUAAUCUUCACUAA